UUUCCUCUCUCAUACUUCCUAUCGCCCCGAGGAUGAAGAGGCUCUGCAAAUGAAUGGAGUCAAUAUGCCGCUGUAUGCGUCCUUUGCCGCCGGCUCUUCCGCAUUGAAGUGCAAAGGAGCCACCAAAUCUCUCAUUCAAACGUCUUCUUAUUCAGUAUUAUCACAAAGAAUUUCUGCAUCACUUGGGAGAAGUUAUAUUCCUUCAUUUCGUUUUAGAGGAAGCUCUUCGGCAAAAGUAUUUACGUUCUUGAGCGUCACACGUUACUCUACUUAUUUAAAUGAUGAAUUCCUACCUUCCUCAAAGAGAAGGGCUAGAGGGCCCGUUAUGGCAGCAAAGAAAGCAUCUAAAGAGACAAAUGAAGGAGAUGGAAAAUACAAGCAUACUGUUGAUCUGCCAAAGACUACAUUUGGCAUGAGAGCAAAUUCUACGGUUAGGGAGCCAGAAAUUCAGAAAAUAUGGGAUGACCAUCAAGUGUUCAAUCGAGUUGUUGAAAGAAAUACUGGAGAAAACUUCAUUCUUCACGAUGGUCCUCCAUAUGCCAAUGGUGAUCUUCACAUGGGCCAUGCUUUGAAUAAGAUUUUGAAGGAUAUAAUCAACCGUUACAAGCUUCUUCAAAACUAUAAAGUUCGUUUUGUGCCUGGCUGGGACUGCCAUGGGCUACCAAUUGAGUUAAAAGUUCUGCAGUCAUUGGAUAAAGAAGCCAGGAAAGAUCUUACCCCAAUUAAGUUGCGAGAUAAGGCUGCCAAGUUUGCUAAAGCUACGGUGAAAGCUCAGAUGGCAUCAUUUAAGCGCUAUGGAGUAUGGGCAGAUUGGAACAAUCCGUACCUAACUCUCAGUCCUGAAUAUGAAGCUGCCCAGAUUGAGGUGUUUGGUCAAAUGGCCAUUCAAGGAUAUAUUUUUAGAGGGAGAAAGCCAGUUCACUGGAGUCCCUCAUCACGAACUGCUCUUGCCGAGGCUGAAUUGGAGUACCCUGAGGGGCAUACUUCAAGAAGCAUAUAUGCUAUUUUUAGAUUGGUCAAGGAAGGUCCAUCUUCAGGCGGCAUGCUACAAGAAUUUCUUCCAGACUUGUGCUUGGCCAUAUGGACUACAACUCCCUGGACUAUUCCAGCCAAUGCUGCGGUUGCUGUCAAUGCCAAGCUUCACUAUGCCAUAGUUGAACUGCUGGCACCGUCAGAAGAUGUCUCUUUUUUGUCUGGAAAUAAAAAGAAAAGACCUGGGAAUAUUCUGAAUGAGGAAAAUAGGCCUUUCCUUGUUGUAGCAUCAGACCUGGUGCCAACUUUGGAAGCAAAAUGGGGUGUGAAGCUUGUUGUGAAGAAAAAAUUGUUGGGUUCAGAACUUGAAAACUGCAGAUAUAUCCACCCAAUUGAUAAGAGGGAGUGCCAAGUUGUUAUUGGAGGAGAUUACAUUACAACUGAGACAGGAACUGGGUUGGUCCAUACGGCUCCUGGACAUGGUCAGGAGGAUUAUGCGACUGGUUUGAAGUAUGGACUCCCCCUAAUAUCUCCUGUAGAUGAUGAUGGAAAAUUCACCGAAGAAGCUGGGCAAUUCAGCGGGCUUGAUGUACUUGGGGAUGGCAAUACGGCUGUUGUCAAAUAUUUGGAUGAUCAUUUCUCACUUAUUUUGGAAGAAUCGUACGAGCAUAAAUAUCCAUAUGAUUGGCGAACAAAGAAACCAACAAUUUUUAGGGCAACUGAGCAAUGGUUUGCAUCAGUGGAGGGAUUUCGCCAGGCUGCUAUGGAUGCUAUUGGUGAAGUAAAGUGGAUACCUCCUCAGGCUGAAAAUAGAAUCUCUGCAAUGACCUCGAGCCGCUCUGAUUGGUGCAUAUCUCGGCAAAGGACGUGGGGUGUCCCAAUACCAGUCUUUUAUCAUGUGCAGACCAAAGAACCUCUUAUGAAUGACGACACUGUAAACCACAUCAAGUCAAUAAUAGCCAAAAAGGGUAGUGAUGCUUGGUGGUAUAUGACGGUAGAGGAUCUUCUUCCUGAUAAAUACCGAGAAAUUGCAUCUGAAUAUGAAAAGGGAACUGAUACAAUGGAUGUAUGGUUUGAUUCAGGUUCCUCUUGGGCAGCAGUAUUAGGGACACGAGAUGGUUUUAGUUUUCCUGCUGAUUUGUACCUUGAAGGUACAGACCAGCACCGUGGCUGGUUCCAAAGUUCUUUGUUGACAAGCAUUGCCACAAAAGGGAAGGCUCCAUAUUCCAGUGUCAUUACUCACGGAUUUGUUUUAGAUGAGAAGGGUCUGAAAAUGAGCAAAUCUUUGGGUAAUGUAGUUGAUCCCAAGUCUGUGAUUGAAGGAGGAAAGAAUCAAAAGGAAGCCCCAGGCUAUGGAGCAGAUGUCCUGCGCCUUUGGGUUUCCAGUGUGGACUACACCGGUGAUGUGAUGAUCGGUUCUCAAGUUCUCCGUCAAAUGUCAGAUAUUUAUAGGAAGCUACGAGGAACAUUAAGGUUCCUUCUAGGAAAUCUGCAUGAUUGGACAGAGGAAAAUGCUGUACAAUAUCAGGAUCUUCCAAGGAUUGACCAGCAUGCAUUGUUUCAGCUUGAAAAUAUCAUUAACAACAUCAGAGAAAGCUAUGAAAGCUAUCAGUUCUUUAAGAUUUUUCAGAUCAUACAACGGUUCGUAAUUGUUGAUCUAUCAAAUUUCUACUUUGACGUUGCUAAAGAUCGAUUAUAUGUGGGGGGAUCCACGAGUUUUACUAGGAGAAGUUGUCAAACAGUUCUAGCAGCGCAUAUCGUUUCCAUAGCAAGAAUAAUUGCUCCAAUAUUGCCUCAUUUGGCUGAGGAUGUGUGGCAGAAUUUACCCUUCCAAUAUACAAACGACGAUGGUUCUGCUGCAAAAUUUGUCUUUGAAUCAAGGUGGCCAAGUUUAAAUAAGACUAGGCUUUCUCUUCCAAGAGAAGAAGUUGACUUCUGGGCAAAUAUUCUUGAGCUAAGAACCGAGGUGAAUAAAGUCCUCGAGGUUGCUCGAACUGGGAAAUUGAUUGGUUCAAGCUUAGAGGCUAAAGUCCAUCUACAUGCCUCAGGAGAUGGUCUGGCUACUAAGCUGUGUGAAAUGUGUGAAUCCAACCAUGACGCAGACACUUUGCAAAGAAUAUUUAUUACAUCUCAGGUUGAGGUUCAUCAAGCCAUAGAGAAUGAGCUGACAGAGAACACACCAUACACUGGAGAGUGUCUCAUUGAAGGCAGCAAAGUUUGGAUUGGUGUGUCUCGUGCUGAAGGUUCCAAGUGUGAAAGAUGUUGGAACUUUUCGUUACGAGUUGGGUCGUUCCCGGAACAUCCAACUCUCUGCAAGCGGUGUUUCGAUGUCGUUGCUGGCUACCCAGAACCAGCUAUGGCGGCAGUCAGCUGAGACUCCUGAAGUUGAAGGGUGUCUCCAUUUUUGAGAUGGUGUUGUAUAUUAUUCUCCAUUAAAUUUCAUUGAUGACAUUAAUUAUGAUGCAUUUUUUAGUAGGCUCAGACUUGGAUUAUGCAGCUGAGCUGAACAGUUUGAUAGAUUUUCAGCUGAAGAAUUGAGCAAAGCCUGAACGAACAAUUAUUUUUUAAAGAACAUUAUAUUUUAAUC